AUGAUGCUAACGAAGUUGACCUCCCGCUCCGUGGCCCCGCGCUGCACGCAGAUCAUCCAAAAUCGUGCUCUCAUGAGCACCAAGGCCGUCGUGGACACGUAUGAGUCGCCUGACCGGUACUUUGAGACGGACCGCAUCGAUGCCGGCGAUCCUUCGAAGCGCGCGUUCACGUACUUUAUGCUGGGCGGGGCCCGUGUGGCUUACGCGACGGCGGCUCGUCUGGCCGUGGUCAAGUUUGUCGGCAGCAUGAGCGCGUCCGCGGACGUGUUGGCUCUUUCCACCGCUGAGUUUGACUUGAGCAACAUCAGCGAAGGCUCGACCGUGACGGUCAAGUGGCGGGGCAAGCCCAUCUUUAUAAAGCACCGGACGGCCAAGGAAAUCGAUAUCUCCGAGCAGGUGGACGUGAGCCAUUUGAGGGACCCCGAGACGGACGCCGUGCGCGUGCAGAAACCCGAGUGGCUCGUGGUGCUCGGCGUCUGCACGCACUUGGGCUGCGUGCCCACGUCGAACGCAGGCGAGUACGGUGGCUGGUUCUGUCCUUGUCACGGCUCGCACUACGAUCUCUCGGGACGGAUUCGUAAAGGGCCGGCUCCGUUGAACUUGGAGAUCCCGCCGUACAAGUUCAUUGAGGACAAUAAGGUCCUGUUGGGGUAA